GAUUUUUCUGAGUUCCUCCUCAUUUGUGGUUGUUUCUGUGAUAUUACUUGUAUUCUCUAUUGAUUGAUGCAUAUUGCUGUUCAGUUCAUCUGCCUUUUCCUUAUUUUCCAUAAUUGAUUCUGCUGUCUUACUUUCAAUAGGGCCAGCACCCACUUUCUUAUCAUUUCUCUAGAUAUUUAUAGAAACUCCUAUCUGCUUUAAUAUUUCUUGCUAGCUUUCUCUUGUACUUUAGGUUUUCCUCCUUUAUUCAUUUUCUGGUCGUUCUUUGUUUUCCUUUACAUUCCAUCCACAUCUUCUCACCUGCCGCUUGUCUCUUUCCUUUGAGAAAAAUUUGAUUCUGUUUUUAAAAUUAACCAUGGUUAAUGGAUCUAUUUUUUACCCUCAUUGAUGUGCUCAGCAUAGAAUUCAAUGUGAAAGACAAAGGUGCAAACACUUCAGUCAUUUCGGCUUCCAGCAUCACAGGUGCCAACCUUCAGAUUUUUUGAUUCACUCACAAGAUAACGUCAUUUUCAAUUGAUUAUACAAAUUGAAAUCUUCCAUUGUUAUUACCAUGCCUUUCUGAGAAGCUCUCUCAAUUUUAUCCUUUAUGUUCCAGUCUACUAUAAGGUUACUGUUGUAUCUUGUGCCCCACUACAAUAAGUAAUUUCUUAUCUUUCUCUUUUUCCAUUCCUAAUCAACAUGUUCAGAUAUGUUCUUACACACCUAUGGAGCAGGUGGUACUUGAACCCAGGCUUCCUGGCUCAGAGGCAGGGGCACUACCACUGUACCACAAUACUCCUCUUUUUCUCAUUUCUAUCCAAAUUGUUUUGCUUGAUUUCCUGAACUUGGGUCAUCCCUCUCUAAUACCUAACAGAUCUCACUUCUCCCACAACAGUCUUUGAGCCCCACAUUCAUCUCUCUAACCUUGUUUAUCCUUGGCUAAUUUGCACAUGGAAAACUGUGCAUUAUUACUGUAGCCAUGUUUUGACGUUUUGCUUAAUUUGGUGCUGAGCUCCUUGUUCUAACGAUGCAGAAUCUCCUCCUUUUGCCCUACCUAUGUCGUUGUUAGCUACAUGAACCACAAUGACUGGAUCCUCCCACACCCACUGCAAGUUCAUUUCCAGUCUUGAGCAGAUGCCCAAACCCUGGCACCAGGCAGACAAAACAGCCAUCUUACUCACACUGUUUGCUGCAAAGAAUGGUGUCAAUCCCUCUGACUAUAAUUUCUCGUAUUACCAUACAUUCCUUUCACUCCCCAUUGCUGCCCCACCUCAAUGGCUUACUGUUCCAUGCAACCCUCACUUUCAUCCAGACAAACCAAAAGAAAAGCUUCAAUCCUGAAGGACAAUUGCAAAGUUUAAAGCUCCUGCCUUACGGGAGUCCUUACCUGCUCCACUUGCAGUGACACUCUGCUAUCUCUCCACACUCUUCAAAACAGACGACCCAAACCUAAGAGGUACACCUGCCCCCGUUACAGAGAAUUUGGGUAAUCUUUCUGCUCCAUCCUCUUAGUCACAGUAGCUGUUGUUCAGCCUCCAGCUCGUAAACUCUGAGCCGAAGUUCCUCAAAUUUCAGACAAUUGUUCUGGACCAAAUUGGCAUCCCGAAUCUCCCAUAUACUGUAACUAUGACACAUCACCUGUCCUAAUAUCCUUAACAUGUUCUAAGGAACUACGGAACAAUUUAUUCAGUUUUAUAUUUUAAUUAUGUUCUUAAAUAUUUUAUUAACCUUGCCAUCAAUUACUUUACUGUUGAACCUUGGGGAUAGACUAGAUCUUAGCCGAGAUCAACUGACCAGUUUCCUGAAUAAUAAUCAGUUCUUGAAAAUAUGUUUGAAAAGCAACAACUACAGAAGGCCUCUUUUCCCCUUUCUCCUAUUAACUCCCCUUAAUCACAAUCUCUCGCUUUAUUGUAAAUCACACUAAUGUGACCAGUUUACAGAUUAUUUUUGAUCAGCCCUUUAAAAUGUGUGCAACACACCUCGGGCAGGUGAAACUUGAAUUUAGACAUUCUAGUUUUAUGGAUAUUUUUAAUCAACCUGUUCAGAUAUGUUUUGAUGCAUCCCUGAGGCAGAUGGAACUUGAACCCAGGGUUCCAGGCACACUAUGCCUGUCCCACAAAAAUCGUUGUCUUUUCUGGUCAUUUUCUAGUCAACAUUUUGAAACGUGUGGUUAUGGACCUCUGGAGUAGAUGUACAUUUGUUUUAUUUAUUUCAUUUCAUCUGUUUUACUCAACCUGUUCAAAGAUGUCUUUACACCUCUGUGGGACUUAAACUCAGAUCUCCUGGAUGACAGUUUUCAAAAAAAAAAGUCAUACCAAAAAUGCUUGUGCAAUAUGAUGUAAACAAAACCCUCACUCUGAAGAAACAGAACAGCAGAAAUUUGGUUUCUUUUGCCACCUCAGAUGGUUUUAAGUAGUCUGUGCUGUGUUCAUCUAUGUCAGAUCCUGCAACAGUCUCACAACGAUGGAUAACAGGAUAGAAAGUGGCUGUUCCAAGUCCAGAAUGUCUCUGAGGAAAGAGAUGCUGAGCAGCCAACACCAAUUUUCAAUGAAGACCUUGCUACAGAGCAUGAGGCAACUGUGUAAUGUUACACUUGGUCAGCAUUGGAAGGGAAAUGACAACAUUACUGAGGUCACUUUCUUGGGGUUUUCCAGUUCAACUGAAGAUGAAGAUUUGGUUGACAAACAGGCCCUGGCUGCUAUUGAUCCGGAGCUAUCUGGUUUGCUGAAUUCAUUACAGCUCCACAAGCUGAAGAACACUGAAAUCGCUCUUUUGACUGGUUUGAAGAAACACUCCAGGACAAAGGAGAACACUGUUAGCCAGCAUUCCCCUUCUGAAAUGGUCUGUGUAAUGAGGCACCUACCAGCAUCUCUAAAGUUCACCGACAGCUCUGUGUUCUCUGCACUCAGCAAAUACACCAGAGCAAUUCAGUUUUCACUAGAUGGCCACUCAGCACUGACCCUUCACACAGAAGAUGAUGACACCAAUCAGUCUGUCUCGUCCAUUGAGGAUGAUUUUGUGACUGCUUUUGAGCACUUAGAAGAGGAGGAAGCUGGAACUGAACAUGGAACAGCAGGCUUUGAUCCCAAACACCAGGAUUCAGCUCUACAAGCCUUCACGCUAGAUAUUGCUGAGACAACAAUUCCUGGUGACACUCCACAAAGACUUGCCUUUGACCAGUCAGCCCUCCCGUUACUUCAGAAUUCACAGUGCUCAAGGCAAUGGUCAUCUGCUAAAAGCUCAGUUAUAACAUUAAGCUCAGAUCCUGGGAAGCAAAGAAGCUUUUACAGACAGCGUAAUGCUCCCAUCUUCACAUCCAGUAACAGGCAUAAAUGUGUGCCCUCUGUUUCUCCCUCUGAAUCUGAAGACUCAGGAGGCUCAAGUCCAAGUCCUGUCAUCUUCUUGGAUGAGGAAGGCUACCAGAAAAGUCUGAAAGCCAACCUGGAACUACCCCAGAUUCCGAUACUCAAAGAUGACAUUGAGGACUCGGACUCUGAACUGAGUGAAUUCUUCGACAGCUUUGACCAAUUUGACGACCUGAGCGAAAUGUUAGUGGGCACGGCUACGAACUUGCAGCACGGCUCCGAUCCUCAGAAUCUACUGCUGAGGAAUAACUCUACGGCAAAGCUGCCUUCAGACUUCACCCUGCAACAGUGCCCGACUGCCGCUGCUGCUAUGAAUCCACAGAGGUUUGACCAGCCAGUCCUCCCUGCCAAUGUGAAGAAGCCAACUGCUCGCAAGGCAGAAUCGCCCUAUAACAACCUAUCUGAUGUCCCAGAUUCCCCUCGGCCAAUGAAUACCUCAGGAGAAGAUAGCAGUCCACUCUUCAGCCCUGUCCAUUCUUCAGCCUUCAGCCCCCUUGCUGCUUGUGGGAAUUCUGAGGGCUUUGGCAGAGUCGGGGCCUCUGACACUCACAUUUAUCACGUACUGAACCUAGGAGGGCUUUCCAACACUUCCUCAAAUGAUGUCAGCAAUGUUCCACACUGCAUUAAGUGUUCUGUUUUCAAAUAUCCACAGACCAGUGGCUCUGAGCAGAGAGGAGCAGCUGGAUCCACUCAGGAUAUACACUGGUCAGGUGGAUUUGCAUAUUUGGGAAAGCCAGCUUCCAAUGAAAAUUCCAACAUGAAAGACUCUACACUACCUCAGCAGAAAUGUUCAAAUGUGCUUAAAGAUGGCAUUCAACGCAUCGCCACGGAACUUGUGGAGAAAAGUCUUGGUGGUGCCUUUAAGGACUUACAAAAGGGUGUUACUUCAUGCACGAGUACUCUGUGCCAUCUGGCUGCAAGACUGACAUCCUCUGUGAUUCACAUGGCACUACAGGAGAUUGGGGCAAGACAAGCCUUUGCACGGAGGCGGACUGCCAUCAACUGUCUAGCAGAUUAUUUGGUUGGUGAUGCAAUCUCUGGAGCGUUCCAGGAGUUGGAGUUUGUGAAGAAACAGAUCUUCAACAAUGCUGUUGCCCGGUUUGCCACCGACCUGGCUGAGGAGCUCGUUUUUGAGGGAAUCAUGGAGGUUUGUCAGUUUUCCCAUCCACCGACACCUACAUCCAUCACAAGCUGGUCACUGGAAGAUGAAGCAAAGGUUGUCAGCUGCUAUGCAAGAGAUUUGUCUGAGUCGGUCCUUCAGGAAGCCUUCAUUGAACUGUCUCAAGUGGAUGUGACAUUCACACCACAAGCAGCCAUUAGUAUUUCCCUAGAUAAUAUAAAAGAUGUUGGAGGUGAAGAUGUAACCCAGGCACUAAAGAUUGUUAAUGAUGCAGUCAACGUUAAAGAGGAAACACUGCUUAGACAUCCUGAAGGCUGCUACACAGAUGCUGUUGCAGGCAAAGACCUUGAUGUCUUGCACUCACCAGAGGCAGACUACAAGAUAACAAAAGCUUUACUAUGGGUUUCUGGCAUUCUGAGUUGUGUAUCUGUUCCCAGUGUUGUCAAGACGCUUUCGUGCGAUUUUUCAGAUUCUGCACUGCACUCUUGCUGCCAUCGUGUAUCGUCCAAAGUGAAACUCGAACAAGCUCCAAAGUCCAGUCUUGCUGGGCCAGGUUCAAAGAGCAGAAAAGUGGAUAAAGUGUCACCUGUCAGCUGUGUGCACCAACUGGUAAAUCAAGCAAACAGUGCCAACUGCAGUGGGUAUGUUUUUUGUGACACCAUGAAUCUGUGUAUGGAGGCUUCAGACUGUGAAACCUCAACGAAAAGUGAAGGCUUGGACACUAAUGAGGCUUCUCCUACAAUAGACAUGAAUUGUCAAACAACAGUGGCGAUGCUUGAUUUUGUGGUCAAUAAUGCUUUUGAUUUAGUGACUGUGUCUAAAGUGGAGUACGAGGUAGAGGAGUAUGCUUCUCAGUUAAGUAAAAAAAUACUCUUUGAACCUAUCUCUGAAAGUCCACCAGUUUCCCAGAAGCACUUUGCUGCACACUUGGCUGAAGCAAUUGUGAGGAAUUCGGUGGAUGAGGUGAAAACAAAAGCCAUAAUGCCUUAUAAAGAUGGUGGUUCACAGGCUGGUGAUGUCGAAACUAGUCAAGCCCCUGCUGCAAGGCUUCAGGAGAUUCCAGAGGGACAGAUGCUGGAUCAGUUUUCAGUCAGGAAACUUAUUUCAGACAGACAGCAUCAGGACAUGUGCUCUCAGUCACCAGAUUUGUUGCGAACCCCUCCUGUGUCACCGAAUGAAUGUAUUCCUGGCAAACAUUUGACUAUCCCUCAGCAUUUUGCACAGGAACUGAAAGGCCACCUAGCAGAAGAGUUUCCUCCCUGUACUCCACCUCCUAGUCCUACUGUGGGUCUCAAGAAUUCAGGUGUUGAUAGUACAGAAGGUGUCCGUGGUCCUGAGCUGGCAGAUAGCUUAAUGUCAUUGACCGAACAUCUUCAAGGUCAAGCCUUGAUGUCAACUUUCCAGACACUCUCAGCAGAUAUAAAUGGGCCAAACCAGGAGCUGAGUUUAGGGUUGCUUGGAAAGUCGAGAGCAGGACUUAAUAAAGAUGGGUUGUUUUCUGAGGAACGUCUUGACCAUGUUGAAGGAAGUAGGUCCCCAGAAACACCACCCCCUACACCACAGCAAUCAUUCCAUGGAAAGAGUCUGAGGAGUUUUAGUCGGAAACUUAAAGGAGAGUUAGCUAAAGAGUUCAUGCCAGUGACCCCACCUUCUACCCCCCAUAACCAUUCUGCCCCAAGCAUGGCGGUGAUGACCCAGGAUACUGAGCAAAAGGCCGAGUUUGUGUUGAAGCUAAUGAGGUCGCUGUCUGAAGAGGUUCUGGAUAAUGAGGACGAUGAAAAUUUUGACUUUGCUGAGAGGCACAGUGAGUCAAGGGAGCAGCCCAGUCCGAGGCGGGAAACCAAGGUUUUGGAGAAAGAAGAACUAAAGUUGGAUAUUAAGAGACAUGCCCUGCAUUAUGCCAAUCAGCUAGCAUCGAGUAUAGUGUCCAUGGCAACUGAAAUUGCAGCGAUCUGCGUCGAAGAUGCCAGCAAGUGCGAUGCCAGUAAAAUAAGGAGUUUCAGGGUCCCCCCCAGCAGCCUGUGGAGGUCAGCAGCCAGGAGUGAGCUACACACCUGGGGCUCCGGUGCUGAAAUUAAAUUUCCCGAAGAAGUUGUGGGAUCCUUGUGGAGCUACGCUGGCAAAGUUGCUGGAGAGGUCAUUCGGGACGCUAAAAAAAUUCUCAGCUCAAAGAAGCAGAAGGUGAGAAAGUUCAAGAAGGAUGUGGGCCAAGCGGAAAGCAGUGAAUCCAGCUAUGGAGAACAAGAGCAUGUUGGAGGUGAAGGGUUAAAUACCUUGGCUGAUCAUUGGUCCCGGGAGCUUGCAGAUUCGGUGCAUCACUCACCUUCAGGUAGUGCACCUGGGCUCAUGUCGAAGCAUUCAAGCUGUGAGAGUGUGACUGAUGAGUAUGCAGAAUACAUCAUGAGAAUGAUCAGCAGGGAAGGUGGAAAUGGUGAGGUAAUAGUGGAUCAUUAUGCCAGUAAACUUGCCUUUAGGACAGUGAAAGUUGGCCUGGAACAAGCAGCCAGGAGGAUCAGGCAAAAGUAUAAGAGGAGACUGCUCUCCUGCCAACAGUCAAGAGGUGAGGAUGGGACGAAGGAACUUUUGAAGUUUCUGACGAGGGAGGACGCCCAAGAUGGGGACCUCUGCAGCAGAGGCCAUGAUCAAAGACUAAGCAGAAAGGACUCCAGAGAUUUGACGAGGUUUGCAGAAUCAGUUGCUCAAACAAUCACUUAUGAAGUCACGCAGAAACUGAAGACCGCGUCUGGCCUACAUGGCUUACCCAAGUCCCUAACAGAUUCUUGCCUGUACGAAAGGUCCCAACUGGAACAGAUGGCAGAGGGUCUUAUCAAGAAGACAUGGACAUGCUCAAUCAAACCCGUUAUCCAGAGGAACAAACGCUUUCACAGUACAGGAAGUUUAGACAACUACAGUCACAGCAUCGAUAGCACAAAUCGAGCUCUUGAACAUUAUGUGGGGAAAAGUGUGGAUAGUGCAGUCCAGCUAAGUAUAGCUGAUGGUGCUCUCGAAAGCAGGAAACAGAAAGAAUGCUUAGCAUAUGCUGAAAAGUUGACAGAAAUGGUUUUAAAAUGCUCUCUAACUGAUAAAGAGUCACGAAGUUACAUUAAUAGGUUAAGCUCCCAGACUACUGCCUUGUGCAGCAAAAAUGCCACCAGAACGCCAUGGCUCAACAGUAAAGCACUUAGCAAGCCAGAGCACUCUGUCCACCGCACAGUUGGAGCUUGCCAGCUAGAUGUGCCGAGGAUUCACAUUGAGUUGGAACAGAGAGGACUUUUUCCAGAGGAUUUGAUGUCUGUGGCCAUUGAAAAAGCCAAGCGAGAUCUCAGUAACACCAGCCUGGCAGCAGAUAGUGGCAUCGGACAGGACGGGGCAAGUUUCACCGAAAGCCUCGCUGCAGAAAUAAUGACUUCAGCUAUGAUCAGUGCAAGCCAGUCAAUUGUAAGUGCCAGUCUCAAGGAUGGAAUGCGAUCAAGUGAUUCCACCACCAGUCAACAGCUUAGUCUCAGCGUCGGUGAUGACAGUACUGGCAGCUGGUCCAAUCUGAGUUUUGAAGAUGAGCAUCCAGAUGAAACCAGCAGCUUCCUGCACCUCAGUGACAGUAAUGGCAACAGCAGUAGCUGGAGCAGUCUGGGGUUAGAAGGAGAUAUAUAUGAGGAGAAUAUAUCCUUUCCACCAUCAGACAGUGAUAAUAGUGAAGACAGAGAAGAAGAGGUGCAAGAAGAUUCUGAAGGUAUGAUGCAGGUGAAAGAAAUAUUAUCGAUUUUAAAUAUUGACCUUGAGCCCUGCAGUCAUGACCCUCAGAUGAGAGCAGUGUUGCAAUGGAUAGCAGCCUCACAGUCUCCAGUGUCUUUGGUGUAUUUCAAGGAAUGUUAUGAAAAUGAACUGUUGCAUUUUCCUGCAGUGGUGAGAAGGGCAGAAGUGAGGGGCUGGAAGGUCUGUGAUCUUCUGCAAGCUGUACUGAGAUACUGCAAUGAUGUGGAGCAACACCCAACUGGAGGUCGCUACAUUCGCACUCCUCUCUUUGACUGGCUGCUGGAGAAUACAUAAACCAUUUACCCACAGAGUGCUGCAAGUCUGUCUGUUGAGGGUUGUCAGCUAUGCACCACCCAAGUAUUGCUACGCGUGCAACUUACUGAGCAGGGAACUGAGCCUGGAGGUUUGUGUUAUUUAUGACAAAGCAUAAUUAGGUCAUUAACUCUCUCAUAGUGUAAAGAUAGGAAGGACUUUGUUGUGAGGGCAGGAUUUUUGAUCCAAAUUAAUACAAAAAACUGACUGGAAAGUUCCUCGAAGCUGCUCCUGCUGUGCCAGUGUCAUUUUGUGCAAAGUAUAUUAAGAAUCUACAAGCCCAUUUUAACAGAAUAAACACUGCUCUGAUGAUAUUCCCACCUGUUUUGUGCUAGCUCAAUACUCAGAUCUGAAGAAUUUGUAAUCCCUCUCAUAAGAAUUAAUUGAAGACUUAUCAGUUCCUUGUGGAACAGUUCUGCCUUUCAAAGUUGUUCUUGCCAUUUUUGGGAAAAAAACCCCUGUUGUUUUGGACCUUUUACGUAACCAUUCCACUGAUGCCAGUCUGCAAUUUUACUGGUACCUAGUUCCAGAGACUUUUUCACCAGCUGAUUAGAGGGUGAGGAACUGACUGCAAUUGAACUUGCCAGCUCUUUUCUCCCUUGGUGCUACUUUUAUGAUCAUAACUCACUCAGAGUUGAAUCUGAGGCUUCAUUGGAACCCAAUGGUCCUGCUCACCAUGAGACAAAGUUUCUCUAGCCCUUCACUAGGGGCUAAUGGUCUAUUUCACUUUGACCAGGCUUCACUGGACCUUCUGUUCACAAGCAGAUGACACUAUGAUACCUCCUCAAAACUCUAGAAAUUCCAUUUCAAGACUCUACCGAGCUUUAUUAAAGUACAUGUCAAUUUGUACUCUACUAAAUUUUAAUACUCAAGUUUGACUGCAGCACUCAGAGAAUGUGCUGUGGAACUGGAAAAUUGCCCGUAACUUUGUACCCUGACCACAGAAUAUGCCACCAGCUUCAUAAAAGCAGGGAGAACAGUAUAUCCUUAAAAGAUGGACUGGUGAGGAGUACUUCAUCGUGCAAGUGCUUUCUGUCUGCACUUAGUUUAGUGGUAGAACCUGUUGUUGUUUAUAAACAAAAUUCUGACCAGGAAGAAAUUUAUUUUUGAGUUUGUCAGGACAGCUUAUGGCAUGUGGAGGUAAAUCGCAUUUUACCAGUAUCUACCCAAGUGUGGUCAAACCUGCUCAUUUAUUCAAGUGCUGCAGUCUCUGAUCCAAACCAGAGUUACUGAACCAUCCUUGCGUUACCAGUCAGCUAUGUGCAACAAUCCUGCAAAAUCAAGGGAGAUUUCUCCAGAGAGUGUGCGCAUUUCAAAUUCACAACACUCCCUAUUUCCUAAAGUGGACUGUUAUAGAUUUUAAAUUUGAUAUUCUGUUUCCUCAGUUCUGGUUCACUUGUACAGUCAUUCAUUUAAGUAGUGUGCAGCUGACCACUUGCGCAUUUCCCACUUAAAACAUUUUAUUGCAAGACAUUCAAAUAAUCCAGAAUUUGUAAGUGAUACGCUAAAUACGGGAGAAUUUCUAGGGCCUGUCUGGCAAUGUCAGAAAGUCAGAUGAUUUCCUUUACGGGCCUGUGCUGUGACUGACCUGAAAUUCACACCACCCCUGCUUGUGAUGUGAACCUCCCCAGGGGUGAUGCCUUUGUAUCUAUUAUUUGUGAUUUCACAAAGAAGACAGUAAAAAACACAGAGGCAAUGGAUCCUGACUCUGGAGUUUUACUUAUUAGGUCUGUCAACGGAAAAGAUAUAUCGUUGCAAGAAACCAUAUUUAUCACUUUUGUGUCAGUUAUUAUGUAGGUACCACAUUCCCAUAAACGGAUCCCUUGGAGUAACGAGAUGAUUCUGUACAAAACACAGAGCAUGAUUUGAGUGUUGAAUUGAAAAUCCUACUCAUCGUGGUUGCUGUGUAGACUUUAGAAUUGUUUUUCAUCCUAAGACCCCUUGGUGAGAUUGAGGGAACGUUCAGCACUACACAGGGCUGCUCAACUUGUGAUGUGUAAGUUGGUUCCAAAAGCAUUACCUUUUCAUGGAAGCUUAAUAUGCAUUCCUCCACUUUAGUCAGUCCAACAUGCACAAACCAACAUGCUUGAUCACAUUGUCAGGUUUACCCACUGAUACCUCAAAUUCUCCUUGCACAUUUGUUACGUUUCCAACAAGUUUAAUAUCUGGAUUUGUUACAAUAUUGCCACAACAGUAGUAUCUAUGGCUGUUUUGAAGUUGCCAUGUGCUAACGUAGUGAAUGCCAUUGUGAAUUGCACCAGUUCUCAAACUUCCUUGAACUCACGAUGGGCUGUGUGGAUGGAGCCUUUUGAGUUGCCAAGUGUUUGUUGAUCUUUGUCACACUAACAGAAACAAAUUGUUUGCAGAUUGCAUUUUAUCUAAGUAUAGAAUUGAAAUUCAUAUGAUAUUGCCCAAAAUUCAGUGACCUCAUAAUGCACUUUGGAAUUCCACAGUUCCUGUCUUUGACUUUCCAAUCUGGUCGUCAUAAAAGAACAUGGAUUAGAGAAUUAGGAAUGUGUUUUCCCCACUACUUUGAACUCAACAUAGCACCUUUUUAAAGCAAAGUGAUAACAGCAGGGCCAUAGAACUCGGUGAAAAAUGUAUUCCUGGUAACUUUGUCACUUUAUCUUUGUGUGUUGCUUUGACUCUGCUCCAGUUGUAUUUAGUGAUGCCAUUAAAAUCUAACUUGAUUCUGAUAGUACUUAUUUUGUUACUGUGCAGUGUUAAUUCCAUCGUAGCUCACAUGCUGGGUAAAUAUGAAGUGUGUGAUGUCUGCUGUUUGUAAUCCCUAACUGUCGAUAUGAAUUAUGCCAAAUAUAGAGCAAUGAUGUUCAUUUAACUUAUAGUGAUUUGAUGUGUCAGCUAUUAAUCCAAGUGUACAAUCUGUUCUCAGAUUAUAUGCUGCAAGUUGCACUAUGUUAAUGUUAUUUCUCCAGCAAUGACUUAAAUAAACUGUAAGUCAUCCACUGUA